AUGCUCAGACUGCCCGCCCGCCAGUGUCCCUCGGGCAUGUCCGGGGAGGCUCGAACACCAUCUCCCAACUCGUUCGGCGCGUCUCGGCGCUUGUCGGCGGGCCGCAUCGGCCGGUUGGCGGCGUUGUGGGCAAGACCGCGCCAUUGUGGUGUUCCCCCUCCUGAAGAUUGCAAGGCCAGCAGCCCAGCGGCUGCGGCUGCAGACGCCCGCGGCUGGUUGUCUCUCGGCGCGCAUGUCAGCACAAUCAAUGCAACCCGCCAUCUGCACAACCUUUCCAAGGCGCGUGUUGAGCUUGAACAAGGGCGGGAAGCGCUGAAGGAGAAGGAGGCUGCGAGGAGGGAACGGGCGGAGGCCCUAGUGAACGAGCUUCAGAUCGUGUCAGAGAGGGAAGUUGCGAGAAGGGUCAUCCAAUCUGUGUUCACAGAUGAUGACGAGGAGAAGCACCAUGUAAAAAGGCAGCAGAGCUUCUUGUUUUUGAAAGACUCGCUGACGGAGGCUCUUGAAGAUGAUGUAUUUCUUCCUCGAAGUCUACCCAAGGAAGAACCCGCGACGCCGACCCCCAUUGUAAACAAUACCAGUGCUUAG